UGAUGUUGAAAGAGACUGAAUUUCUUGUUGUGGUGUUUAAGAUGACGUUGCAUAGCUGUAGCAAAACAACAGAGUGAUAUUUACUUACUAAGCAGCUGUAUUAAUGAGCAGCAAGUUGUUUGUUUUUAUGUGAUUUUAUAUUUGAAUUAUUUUUAAAGCAAAAAAAAGUCAAAUAUGUUGUCCCAUUGACUCCACAUCUCAACAUUUAAAAAUGAAGGAAGAGAUUGCAGCCACAGUGUUUUUCAUUGCAAGACUAGCAAAGAAGCAUGGUAAACUGGAUCGUGUUAGGAGGGAGAAGCUUGCUGUGGAACUAACCUCAGUGCUCUUUGAAAAUUAUAAAAGUCAUUGGUACACAGAAAACCCAACCAAAGGACAAGCUUUUAGGUGUCUAAGGAUGAACAAAGCUCAAACGAGAGACCCAGUUAUUGAGCGUGCUUGUCGGCAGAGUGACAUUGUUUAUGAGAAUCUUGGAUUACCAAAGGAAAUGACCAUUUGGGUUGAUCCGGGAGAGGUGUCAUGCCGGUAUGGUGAAAAGUCAACCCCAUUUUGUGUUACCCAGUUGGAGGGUCAAAAGAGAGAUGGGGAGUUCUCUCGUAGGAUAAAUAAUGCUGUGGAAAGAGCUUCAUCGGACUACCACUCUGGAACCUCCUCAGAUGAGGAGGGAGGAAACACCAGCAUGAGCAGCAGCGUGAGUAGCAGCAACAGCAGCAGUCUUUUCGUCCCAAAGCCUAAAUGCAUCCCAACGGUUUCCAACCCAAACAGUGUCUACCAGUUCAGUGAGUUCGGGCAGCCCCCACCUAUGCAGAACUGGGGCACAUACCCUAAAAGAAAGCCAUAUGCCUCUGAGGGCUACCAGCAGCAUUCCUUAGGUGGACCAUACCCACCUCAUAAGAGUUUCAAGGGUUACAGGCCCUCCUAUGCCUUCUGUGGUCCAAGGGUGGACCGAUAUCACUGGGUCAGCAAGAACCGCUCCUAGAUUUUAUUUUUAAAACCAGUGUAUUGUUUUGCUGAGCAGCUAUGCAGGCAUAUGUGAGUGUUCUAGAAUAUAAUUUCUAUGUAGAGCUUUAACAAAUUAUUUAUGGAGUCAUGUGGCAAUGCCAUGAAGGCACUUUUUAGUUUAUUUUAAUGCUUUAUUUGUGGAGUGGAGAAGACUUUCUAAAUAAAAUCUAUUUUAUUAAAACUUGCUUGUUUGGACGUGCUUGGUCUAUGCUUAUGCCACUAGAUGGUGGCAAAUAUGCACAAUAUAAUCUCAGUUGUGUGCACCUCCCUCUUUAAGUUCACGACUGCUGAUGGUGCUGACGAAUUCUGAAUGAGAUGGUUUGGUUGUACACUAACGCUUAUAAUUUCUAUUUUUAAGUUUACAUGGUGUACUUUUUUAAAUGUUUUUCCUCAUUGUGAUUUGAGUAUAUUAUGCAUUGUACUGUAUAUGGUAAGCCAGAAUGAUGUGAGGUGAGAUUUUCUCUUUCCUCCUGGGUGUAUGUUUCUGAGAAUUGACUCAUGAAAAGGAAAAUGGGGUGUGGUCUGAGUUUGUCACUAAAAGUUGAGA